UUUUCAGGACAUGCAACUGGACCUGUUAAAGGCUUAUAUUACGAAUUAAGACGAAAGUUAGGACAAAAGGUUUGGCUUAUAGAUGAAUAUCAAACAAGUAUUGUGUGCUCAAAAUGUAAUAAGAGAUGGAUGAACCAUCACGACAUUGACAACUCAAAGGACAAUGGUGACAGCUUAGAACAAUUCAGAAGAUCUAGACAAGAAGAACAAAGACCAAG